AUGUAAUAAAAAAUCAUCACUCUUUGCAUCAUCAGUUGCUUAAUUACAUCCACAUUAGCCGUUAAAGGCAUAGAUAUAGCUGACGCCUUUAAUAAUUUUACUUGUUUCAAAAAUGCAGGUUAUCAAUUUGCCAUCAUUCGUGGAUAUAGAAGUUAUGGAGCAGUUGAUCCAAAUGGUGCCACCAACAUGAAAAAUGCAUAAGCCGCAGGAUUAAUCACAGAUGCAUAUUUCUUCCCAUGCAAAGGAAAAAUCACAGCCGCUUAGUAGGUCUCUGAUUUUAUUAGUGCAUUCGGACAAGAAGAAGAGAACUCAACCAAUGGAUUAUAUGGAACUAUCUGGGUGGAUGUUGAAACCAACCCAAGUACUGGCUGUGGAUGGAGCAGCUCUGAUUACACCGGAAAUUGCAAUUUCUUGAAUGAUUUGAUCACAACCUUUAAAAACAAAGGAAAGCUCACAGGUAUUUAUUCUAGCAAAUACUAAUGGGAAACUAUUUUUGGAUCAGCUUCAGCAUGUGCUAAAUUUACGUCAUUACCUCUUUGGUAUGCUCAUUAUGACAAUAGCCCAUCAUUUUCUGAUUAUGCUAAAUAUUCAUUUGGUGGGUGGACUACUCCUAACAUAAAAUAAUAUAACGGAGAUCAAACUGUCUGCAAUGCAGAUGUUGAUUUGAAUUUUUAUUGA